GAUCGCGGGAGAGGCGGCGACACUCGGACAGGUGUGGAGCUGUUGGACACAGGUGUGUGUGUGGGGGUAGUUGGAUACAGGUACCGUUGGAGUUGUUUGGUUUAUCCUGAUGCUCGUGCUUCGACCCGACCUAGCACCAAGUCCCUAGAGCAAUGCCCUAGGUUUGCUGUGCAUCGGAGCAGCAUCCAUGGACUCCAUCACCAGUGUCGGCAGCUACACUAAUGAAGCCAGUCACGUUUCUAGUCAUGGUGAUGAGGUUUGGAACUCCCUCACGGACGAAGAGAGAGAAUGCCUGCUGUUCCUUGAAGAAACUAUCGACUCUUUGAAUAUUGAAGAAUUAGAACAAACUGAAACUGUGUUGACUAGAAAUGGGAGUCUGUCUGAGAAAGUGCCCCCAUCACCGUACCCGGAGAGCCCGCCUCUUCAACUAGCAGAACCUCCUGGAAAAAUCCCACGAGCAGUGUUGCCACUCGGCCCGUCUACCCCGGAUACUACGCCCGCCCAGGUGGUCGAGUCCAAAUCUGGAUCCAAUACUCUCCCCAAGUCGGGUUGGAGGGAGAGUGGGCGCCUGGAGCCCAGUGCGGGGGAGGGGAGACGGCGGUCCCUCACCACACCGGCCCACCCAUCGUCGGGGACCAGGGACGAGCGGGGAAAGCACGGACCCCCCACUGCGCCCAAACCGGGGCGGCUCCCCCAAAACAUCGUGCUGAGGAGCUACCAACAGAACAACGGUCCCCAUCCACAGAGCAUCUACAAGGUGUCGCAGGACGGUGGGAGAGGGAAUGACCAGUCUAAGGACAGCAGCACUGAGGCGGAGGCUCAACAUGUUCGCCAGCAGGCCCUGGCCAAGCUGGGAUUGCUGGCCGAGACAGACGGGGUGCGGAGGAAUCGACGAGAGUCGGUGAAAGUUCCCGGUGGGUCGCUGGUGCCAGCGGGCGAUGAGAAGGUCACUGGUCACUCGGGGACGGACAAUGAGCAGAACAAACACCCUGAGCCCAGAGGUCCGAGUGUGGGCUCGGGUUCUGACACCAACCAUUCCACCGCCAACGUUGGUGCGGGCAAUGCCAACAGGCUUCACUGGCGGCAUCCAGCCGCAACGUCAGCCAGCCUGAACAGGUUUAGUACCCCUGGUGACACGGGCUUCCCCUCCGCCCGCCCCAUCUCCACCAACACCGCGCUGGUUGCCGGCACCAGCAAUACCUUGCCGAGCGUCAAGAGAUCGGUGAACGUUAGCGAUGGCCUCGCCCGGAACAGUAGCCUCCACCCCUGGUCGCUGGGUCCCAGCAAGGCCAGCAGCCUGAAACGCCUUGGCACGUCCGGUGACAACAGCCAGCCGCGUACAGUCACGGUCACUGCCGCCCCUGGCCCACAGAAACUGCCCAAACCGCGCCCCAUGUCCGUCUGCUCGGAGGCCGACCUAUCGGCCAGGCUCGGCAACGCCCCAGAGGGAACGUCGCCCGAGAAGCCGGCCGGGAGGUUUUUCCCCAUGAAGAUUCACCACAUCUCUGCCAAACCUCACCGGUCACCGCCCAAGGGGCUCAACGUACAGUCUGUGGCCCAGCAGUCCAGCUACAAAGACCGCAAGGAUGCUCUGAGGAAACUUGGGCUUCUCAAAGAGUAACAGCCAAGUCUCUGGGGGGGAGGAGGGUAAAGGAGGGGACUGCCAGGCCUUUCACGGACUUCAGGCAACCUCCCUCCAUCUUGCCCGGAAUGGAUAGUAUCUAGCCCACUGCCAUGCUGUAGAAGCCAUCGUGACCACUGCCACCUCCAGCUGGGAUCAGAGGCAGAGGUGACUAGGCUAACCAUACCAUAACGGGCCGUUGAUUACUGCAGUCAGUGUUCAUUACUUGCCGACUGAUAGCCCUGUCCCACGGAACAAGUUCAUUCAAGAGCUCUCCCGAGUUAAAAAAAUAAAUCAAACUGGUGGUAAGCACGGAGAAUGAACGUAGCGGGUACGUCGGAGCUCGGGGACAUCUCUUAGGGCUAACGGCAGGUACUCGGGAAGACUCGCUAACGGCAGGUACUCGGGAAGACUGAUGAAGAUUUUUCAACACGAUGAAAAAUGUCCACGAGAGCCCCGAGUACCGACGUGCGGCCAUUACCGUAAAUCUCCGAGUUGGAAUCAGGGCAAACUCGGGAGAACUCUUCGAAUGAAUUUGUACCGUGGGACAGGGCUAUAACCGUGCUGGCUUUGAGCAGUUGACUUCUAGGUGUUUGCACAAGGGAGCCAUCACUGCCUCUGCCCCUUCUCCCCAUCAACACUGCCCCGUGGACAGCCAACCUUGCCCUGUCACUGCCUGAAGGGUCUCCCUGUCUCGCUACUUGCAGCUACCUAGUGGCCCAGCAACCAAGACAUCUUCUGCCCAAUAACAAUCUGGCCCAAUGGAUAUCUCUGAAAAUAAAAGCUGAACAUUCUGGAAAUAUUCGGCAGGUCAGGAAACAAUGGUGA